AUGGUUGAUACGGCGAAGCGAUGUUACAACUCCCGGGUGGAGGAGUUCAGGGAAAGAGAGUAUCCCAUGCUCAAAGAUUCAGUCUAUCUUGACCAUUCUGGAUCAACGUUGUGUUCAAAGUCUCUCAUCGAAAGGUUCUCUGCGGAAAUGAUGUCGAAUCUCUUGGGCAAUCCGCACUCAGCUUCGCCGUCCUCUCAGUUCACGGCAUCCCGGAUAGAGGACAUCCGCCUGAAACUUCUCAACUUCUUCAACGCUGAUCCCGACAGUUUCGACUUGGUCUUUGUAUCGAAUGCCACAGCCGGUAUCAAACUUGUGUCGGAGGCUUUUCGUGCUCUGCCCGGGGGGUUCUCAUUUGCGUAUCACCAAGCCUGCCACACGAGCAUCAUAGGAGUUCGUGAAGAGGCACGUGGUAACGCGUGUGUUACAAACGACAACGUGCAGAGCUGGAUUUCCGGAGAACUCCCCUCCAGCUUGGGUGACCCAGGCCCGCAUACGCUGUUUGCAUACACAGCCCAGUCUCACAUGGAUGGCCGACGCUAUUCCUUGACGUGGCCAUCUCUAUUACGGCAAUCGCCCACUGGUUCACAGACGCGGGUGUUCACGCUGCUGGACGCGGCUUCAUUUGUCGCUACAACGCCUCUGGACCUCAGUAAUUCGGAAACGGCUCCCGAUUUCACGGUUCUCAGCUUCUACAAAAUAUUCGGCUUUCCAGAUCUAGGUGCUUUGAUCGUGAGGAAACAGGCCGAGCCGAUAUUCAAUCACAGACGCUAUUUCGGCGGUGGCACUGUGGACAUGGUAAUUUGUGGACAGGAGAAGUGGCAUUCACCUAAAUCGACAUUCCUGCAUGAGCGUUUGGAGGAUGGCACUUUACCAUUCCACAACAUUCUCGCACUCGAUGCAGCGUUAGAUGUUCAUGCGGAACUGUUUGGAAGUAUAGCUUGCGUGGCAUCGCAUACCAGUUUUCUAACAGCUCGCCUGUAUGAUGGACUGGCCGACCUCAAGCAUGGCAACGGGAAGUCGGUCUGCACCAUCUACUCUCAGCCAAGUAAUGAAAUCUCCGAUUCCGAAGAAAGCGGGCCUAUCUUAUCAUUCAACGUGCGCGAUUCUACCGGCGCUUGGGUCAGCUUACACGAGUUUGAGAAACUCGCAACGUUGAAGAACUUGCACAUUCGGACUGGCGGGUUAUGCAGCCCAGGAGGUAUUGCCUCGGCACUUGGCUUGAGCCCUUGGGAGAUGAGAAACAAUUUCUCAUCUGGUUUCCGCUGCGGGACGGACCAAGACAUUGUUGCCGGGAAGCCUACUGGCGUAAUCAGAGCAAGUCUAGGCGCAAUGAGUACACUUUCAGAUGUUGUCUUUCUGAUCAACUUCGUGAAGGAGUUCUAUCGAGAAGAAGUCAUAACGACUAGCGUUCAUCACGCCGCAAUAUCUGCUUCGUCUGCGGAACUUCAAGUCCAGAGCAUCAGUGUGUAUCCCAUCAAAAGCUGCGGCGGCUACUAUGUACCUUCUGGGACGGCUUGGGAAGUCAAGCCUGAAGGGUUGGCCUGGGACAGGGAAUGGUGCCUGGUGCACCAGGGAUCGGGGCAAGCGCUCAGCCAGAAACGGUACCCGAAAAUGGCUCUGAUCACACCUGUCCUCGAUUUUCAGAGCGGCCUUUUGCGCGUCACCUACCGCGGUGACAAAGCAUCGCAUCUACCCGACGAGAUUUCAGUACCUCUUUCCGCGGAUCCGCGUCAAUUCGAGACACUAAGCUCGCCUUCAACGAGGUCUUCUCGCGUAUGUGGGGACGCCGUAACGACAUAUGUUUACGGCUCUCCUUUGGUCAACGAUUUCUUCAGCGCAAUUCUGGGCGUGCCUUGUGUAUUAGCCAGAUUCCCAGCAGGCGGGCAAGGGCUCGGCAUGCGUCACUCGAAAGCCAAGGUGCAAAAGCAUCAGCAAGUCAAGGUGGCAGCGCCGAAUACAUGUCCAGGGGCCUUUCCGGAAUUGCCAUCUCCUCCAGACUCGGAUUCAGAGCAACCAGCAGGGAAAAUACUGCUUUCCAACGAAAGCCCAAUCCUGAUGAUCAACUCGGCAAGUCUGCAUGCCCUUAACCGCGAAGUGGAGGCGAACGGUGGUAGGCCUGUCCCACCAGAGUCGUUUCGUGCCAACUUGGUGAUCGGAUCGGCUCGAAAUUCCGAACAACCAGCAUGGGCAGAGGACAGUUGGGAGAGUCUUACCAUAGGCGAAGAGGACUUCAAAAUGAUGGGAGCCUGUCGCAGAUGUCAAAUGGUUUGCGUCGACCAAGAGACUAGUGAAAGGCACCAGGAGCCAUUUGUGACGCUGGCUAAGGUACGGAGGUUUGACGGCAAGGUUUACUUCGGUACGCAUAUGGGACACGAGCCAAAGGCCAAAGCCGUGACGGAGAGGGAGCAAUUUCCAACUAUACGGGUUGGUGAUGCAAUCAGUGUCAAUGCUAGGGCUUUGUCAUCAGAUUGA